CGCCUAUGCAUUUAUGCGAUGUAUCGGCCUGCUUCACUACCUCUACUUCAUUUAACCUUUAUCAUUGCGUUGAGCAUCGGAUUCCGCUACUUCAUCAAAAACUGUUAUCAGAACGAUUGGCAAAGCACUUAUGAAGUCGUAACACCAGUCAACAGCUUCAAACGAUUAGAGGAGGCGCUUUGGCUUAAAAGCAAGGGAAUCCAUCCAUACGACGUCGGAUACUAUCACGAUUCUCCCUUCUACCUUUGUCUAUUCCAGCAACUGUCUCGCCUUGAUUCGUUCCAAUUUCUAACUUCGCAUAUUUUUAUUAUUCUUGACAUCUUUUCUGUCGUUCUUCUUUUCUGCCUUCCAAAUGCCUACAAACGAAAGUUCUCGCAUGAAACUUCGCCAGAAACUUCACUCAUCCACUAUGCCAAGCAUGAAAAAAUGACGCAAAGCGCCGCGAACCUCGACGUGUCUCGCAGUCGCCUAAGAGAGUUUCUGCAACGACAAAUCUAUUCUCAUCUACCUCAAAUUAUCUCUUUGGGAUAUGCACUCAAUCCCUUUGCCGUACUUUCAUGCGUCGCAAAGUCGACUCAAACCAUUGAAAAUACGGCCGUUUUCCUGUUGGCGCUCUUGUUGCUGUUGAAUUACAAAUUUCUUUCAACGCUCUUGCUAGCGCUUUGCAUCUUCGUCGACCCGCACCUGGUCGUUCUGAUUCCACCCAGCUGUCUGCUAUUAACCAGCGACACCAAUAGCAAUCGAUACGGGUUCAUGACCGUCGUCGUCUCGGUCGUAUCUUUCCUGCAGCUUUGGCUGAUUUUGUCAUUUUAUUUUUUGAAUGACGGCGCCAAACCAAUUUCCGACAUUUCCGCUGUCGGAUGGAAGUUCCUCCAAUCCUACUUCGGAUUCAUCUUCAAAGUAGAGGAUAUACAACCGAACAUCGGCAUCAAUUGGUACUUUUUUGGUCUGAUUUUCCCAAACUUCAGAAACUUCUUUCUAUUCGUUUGUCAGUUCCAAAUCCUGUUCUAUAUGAUACCCAUCACUCUGAAAUUUAGAAAAUACCCAUUCGUCGCCUGGUGGAUUCUCUUGUGCUUUUCCGGCCUUAUGAAGUCAUAUCCAUCUACCGCCGAUCUGGCCACCAUGUUCGCAUUCAUCCCACUUAUUUAUCAUCUGCUGGAAAAAUCUGACCUCAUGUUCGUGCUCCACUUGUUCAUUUUGAUUUGCUUCUUCAUCAUCUACGUUCUGAGAAUACUCUUCGUGCACACCGUAGCAAUCAACGUGAACUUCUACUUUUUCGCGUGCUUAGCUCUCCGAGUGCUCAUCUUCUUCCUCAUCAACGACGUCAUGAAGGCGGUGCUGAAACGCGACUUUCUGGUCAAAUACUGCUAUCGCGAACUGAAUGAGACGAAAAGUGAUUGACCCCCACAACCCGGCGCAUUUUCUUCGAGUGCAGGCCCCUUCUCGACGACCGCGAAAACCCCUAACGAAGCAAAGCGACGCCAACAGCUCUUCGACGACCCCAACGACCGCACAAAGACGUGCGCUUUGAUCCAGAAUGCGAAAUCUGGAACGGCAGAAUAAAGAAAAAAAAAAGUUCUUUUCCCCCCUCUCGUCGCA